AUGGUCUCUGUGAUGAACAACACCCGAGCCUGGGCGCCCGAUCGCCCCGCUGGCCGCUUGGGCCGAAGGGGACGAGGUGCCACAACCGGCGUUUUGCUGCUCAAGGGCAAAGCAGGUGAUCGAGCUAACUCCGCAUUCUGCCUAGCAAAAAAAGUCACAAUCCCAGUCUAUGUCUUGAUCAUAAUAGCUCUGGUAGGAGCAGCUCUGAUAGGAGCUUUCUCAGGAAUAGUAAGCCUAUAUUUAGUCCAUCCUGGCUCCGCAGCGGUCCUCUCUCUGGAUCCCCCUCCUGGCCCCUGGUGUCUGGAUGGCUGGGUCGGAUACCAAGACAAAUGCUACUUUUUCUCUGAGACCAAAGAGAACUGGACCUACAGCCAGCGCAACUGCUCUGCGCUUGGUGCUUCCCUGGCUGGGAUCGACAGUGAGCAGGAAAAGAGGUUCCUGCUGCGCUAUAAAGGCAAACUUGACCAUUGGCUCGGCCUCUGGAGGGAGCAGGAGCAGGAUCAGGACCAGCCCUGGAAAUGGGCCAAUGGCACCGAAUUCAACAACCAGUUUGAAAUUAGAGGAGGAGGACACUGUGCAUAUAUGAGUGGUGGAUUUGUUGGCUCUUCAAGGUGCACCUCACUCACAAACUGGAUCUGCAGCAAACAUGAUGCGUAUACAGUGGGAAAGAGAACUGCACAGCCUAGGAUAUAAAAGCUUGAGAAUCAUUGAAAUGUGAUCUGGAAAAGCUUGAAGACACGGCAGGAUGAGUAUUUAUUCCCUACAGUCUGUUCCCC